CCAAGAUUAUCGGGAUGAAAUCUAAGUUGAAGAAUGUGACGGACUUUAAGCUAAAGAUUAUGAAGAGAAGUUUAGAUACUGCUGUCAAUAUCUCAGCCAGGAUCAAUGUUCCUCCGCUCCAGGGUAGAAGUCUGGUUCUAUGCUCCUAUGGUCUGGAUGGAUUAGUAAAGAUGGGGGCAGGGCGAGGUAUAGGGAAUACUGGAGCUACUCUCCGUGAUACAGCUCUGCUCUACAGUGUUAUGGUUUCUGCUCGCGCAGAGGAGUCAAAUCUCGUUCUUUUCUCUAAAUCCUGUGUAAAGGUUAGCUUGGAGAAAACUGAUCUUUUGAAAAAUAUUGAAUUAGUUUCAAAACUGGAAGAAGUUCAGACUCUCAGUAACUUCAACGCCAGUUUGGACCCAGUGAAGCGUAUUCUUCAUGAAUAUAUUAGAGAUGAUAUUUAUGUGGACAAUAUCAUACUUUUCCACAAUAAUAUACAAGUACAGACGCACAGGAAACUAAAAAAUUAUGUUUAUGGAUACUUAAAAAUAAAAAUUUAAGUUAUUGUAAAUACA